AUUUAUUAAUAACCAUGAGGCAAUGGCUGAGAUUUGUCAGCAAAAUACAAUGCCAUCAGCGGACAUGUUUGGAUGGAGUGAGACAGAAGAUGCCCAUGAGGGAACUCAGGAACUUUGUGACAAGGUGAGUUUCCUCACUGGCCCAUCUCAGGUUUCCAUGGUCAAACAUAACUUGCAGGCACUGAGACUUUGCCAUAUAUAGGUAGGCAUUUACUUAAGGCAGACAUAGAGUUUUAAACUAACUAUAGAGGAUGCAUAAUCCUAAAAAUACAUACUAUCAAUAUCAGAGGGGACGUGACCGCUGGGUCCCCUGUGGAGGUUACGCGAAUGCCCUGGAGGAGGAAAUUUCUUUUGUACAUAUAGUGCUUAUGAGAUUGCAAAAUAAAUGUUCAGCAAACGAGGACAUAAACUGAUACUAGUCCUGUCUGACAACUUUACGGUAUAAAGCACAAAGAAUAACGGCAUGAAGGGUCUACAGGAUUAGGAAUCCUAACCUUAGGAACCAUGCAUGUCUUUACAAGAUUUUAUGCCAGUCCAACUGUCAGUUGCUAAAAUAUUUUAAUCCAUAGGGUAGGCAGGGAUAGGCGAGGUUGGCUAUCAACCCAGCUGAAGGACUUCAUUGCCCUCUUGUGGUGAAAACAGUUUCAUACCCUUUUUCCACUAAACUGUCUCUGGAGAAAUCUUUGAAACUGACAGCUGCCAUUUUUAAUUUAAGCAGUGCAUCAAUUGUUUGUCCCAGUGAGCUAAGGGGGAAAGAAAUUUCAAAAUCUGUAACUUCAUCACAAUAUAACAUCUAUGAGACCCGAGGACGCUUUGCAUCAUAGAUGAGACAAUACUAAACAACAUUAAAAAAAAAAGCAAACAAAUACAAGAGACGAAUCUUGGUGCAGCGGCAGACUUGAUCAUUUUGCUCCUAUAAGGGGUUUUAAUGGAGCAUAUUUUUAUUAGUCUUUAAAUUUUAGAUCUGGAUGACACAAUGAAGGUCUGAAUGGUAAGAUGCAAAAACAUUCGUUAGUUUUUAUUAAAUCCUCAGGUAGACUUUGAAAUGGCAAUUAUACGAGAGAAAAAAAGCUGACUACAAUCAUAUGGGGGUUGUGGUUACACAUGCAGCUCCACCCAACAUGCAGGGGAGCCACCUGGUUUAUUCAGAGGCGGUUACUCUGUAUAAAUACAUGUAUAUGUGAUGAACAGUCUUGAGACGCAUACAGGCAGACAGUUGGCUUCUCAGUUAACUUUGACGGACCGUGAAACAAUGGCUGAGGUUCCUGUACAACUAAUUCAAAACCAAGAAGAGCUGAUGGGAUGGGGUGAGAUAAGGGACGCCCAUGAGGAAACUCAGGAGACUUGUGACAAGGUGAAGAGUGAAGUGGUGAAACAAACAGGUCUGGACUUUGCAGAAUUCAAAGCAGUGAAAUACAGGCAUCAGUGUAUGUGUGGAGCAGAAAACCUGGUGAUCAAGAUUAAAGUCGGAGAAGCAGAAUAUAUUCAUCUGAAUGUCCGUCAUGUAACUGGGGUUUUAGGGGCGGACAAAAUCCCUCCAUCUGUGAAAGGCAUAAAGCAGAACAAAACCAUGGAUGACCUCCUCGAAAUUUUUCAUUAACUGAUCCUACAACCUGUUUCGGCAGUGAACCACUUUUAAAGACUAAUGUCUUUUAUGAAAAUGCUUUGCUUCUUUAUUCUGACAUGAUUUGACUUUGAAUGCAUUAACACAGAGAGAUAAAGACAUUUGGUGAUGGAAAGCAGCAGAAUGAAUGCACCACCUUCUAAAGACAUAAUAAAGAUUAUAUAACAUUUAAAA